CGAGAAUCUUGCAACAGCCUUUGAGACCACUUCUCAACGAAGAUGACCUUCAUCGCCCUGCAGAGAUAAACCCUGCCCUUUCCCUUGCGGCUCUGCAUACGUCGAUCCAUCGUCGGCGCUCGCUUGAGGAGAUCAUCGGUUUCUUGGAUACCGACGUACGCCCUCCGCCACUUGGUCCGUCUCCCUCGGUACGCUCCUUAGCGUCAGCGAUUCAGUUGGAGGAGAGAAGACAAGGGGCUAGGGCGUGCGUUCUGUGUGUGCGGAGGGAGUUCCACCAUGAGCGAUCUAGACAAGGCUAUUGCGCAGCUCCGCGCUUGUCGCCCAAUACCCGAACACGAAGUGCGAGAACUCUGCUAUAAAGCACGCGAGCUCCUUAUCGAGGAGGGAAAUGUGGUCUCUGUCGACGCGCCGGUGACCAUCUGCGGUGAUAUCCACGGCCAGUUUCAUGAUCUGAUGGAGUUAUUCCGCGUGGGCGGUGAUGUGCCAGAUACGAAUUAUCUGUUCAUGGGCGAUUUUGUCGAUCGCGGCUUUUACUCUCUCGAAUCUUUCCUUCUUCUCCUUUGUCUCAAAGUUCGAUACCCUGACCGCAUAACCCUGAUUCGUGGCAAUCACGAAUCCAGGCAAAUCACGACCGUGUAUGGCUUUUACGACGAAUGUAUUCGGAAAUAUGGCAGUGCUAAUGUUUGGCGUUAUUGUUGUGAGGUUUUUGAUUAUUUGGCAUUGGGCGCUUUGAUACUGGGUGCCAGCUCUGAGCUGGAACCCUCUGGUCCGGCGGCUAACGAUGCCACCCAAUCCGCCGUCGCUACUGGGGAUGAAGAGCUGGAGUCUGAAGUGCUGAAUUCAAAAGGCGAAGUUACGUUUUCUACAUAUAGACGAAGAGACAGCGGUGGCGGCUCACAAGAUAGUUCAACUGACGUCCGAGAGGACAUAUCUUCAUCGUUGCCAACGGGCACCCCCACAAGAUCUGGUCCCGCCGGCACUGGCGCCACUUCUGAUAGCAUGGGCAGUAUUGGAAACACUACCGGUGCCGUCUUUUGCGUCCACGGUGGGCUGUCUCCACUAGUGGACAGUAUCGAUAAAAUCCGCCUCAUCGACCGAAAACAGGAAGUGCCACAUGAAGGCGCCAUGUGCGACCUUCUUUGGUCCGACCCGGACGAAAUCGAAGGCUGGGGCCUAUCCCCACGAGGAGCAGGCUUUCUCUUCGGCGGCGGGAUCGUCAAACAUUUCAGCCACAAAAAUGACCUCUCGCUCAUCGCUCGAGCUCAUCAACUCGUUAUGGAAGGGUUCAAAGAGAUGUUCGACGGUGGCAUAGUGACUGUCUGGUCUGCGCCGAAUUAUUGCUACAGGUGCGGCAAUGUGGCUGCAAUAUUGGAGCUAGGUGAAGAUACUAGCAACGGGGGAACAAUUGCAAGGAGCAACGGCGACUAUGGACGGAGUCCUGGCGUUACUGAUAUCAGGCAACAAGCCCAGCAGAGAAGGAUACUAGGACCUGGAAGAAGGUAUAGGGUGUUCGAUGCGGCAGCGCAGGAUACAAGAGGGAUGCCGGCCAAGAAGCCGGUUGCUGAUUACUUUCUGCUCACCGAUUUCUGCAUACAAUCCUAA